AUGGCUAAGCUCAACGCCCCCGUACCGCCAUCAAUCUGGCAAGCGCCGCCGGCACAGACGGACAACGUCGGCAUGAACGGCCUGCAAACCAAAUUCCAAGAAAAUGAGCCGGCACCACGUGAGUUCUGGUUGCCGGAGCCUUACAAAACGUUCUUGGAAGAGUCAGAGAAGAGAUAUGCGCAACAAGAAGCAGAAGAGGCGGCUGCCAAAGAGUAUCAGAGAGAGUUAGAGACGAGGGAGUCCGAUCACGAGAAGGUUAUGAGGCAUCUAAAGCUUGACUUCAGAAUCCAGGUCGACGGUCUCAAGCGAGAGAAAGAAGAGCUACAGAUCACGAUUGACGCCUUCCACAUGCUCUUUGACAAGAUACGCGACAAGAACACGGCAGAGAUCCAGGCACUUACCCAAGCGAUGCAGCUACUUCAAGGUGAAGUGUGUGCCAAAGCCAAGGAGCUCAAAGUCAUGUAUGACGCGCACGAUGCUCUGGUCAAGAAACUCGAGGAAGAGAGGGCGGAGUUACCGAAGAAGCUGGUCGACUCUGCGAAGAAUGCGCUUGCUCUCCAGUCCAACGCACUCAAGUCAUCUGACAAGGCCGUUGUUGCAAAAGGCCCUGCAUCCGUUCCUGCGCACCUCAAAGGCAAAUCUGAACGCUUCGCACACUGCACCCAGUGCAUGCGACACAACUGGGAUUGCGACCGCGGGAUUCUAUGCAAGAACUGCUCGAUGCGAGGCAUCAAGAAAGGUUGCAGGCGAGUUGCAUGCGAAGACUACAAGAAGGGCACGUGCAAGAACAAACAGUGCCGCUUUGCACAUGAAGGAGAGAUAUACAAGCGCCUCGAUCCUUCCGAAGAUGUAUGGGGUGAUGGGCGUGAGCUGAGUCCCGUCGAGCUCGACAAGAUGGGUGUUUGGUAG